CAUGAAAUAUGGACGGUAGUGGAUGUGCUUUUGAUAAUAAUGGCCGUGCUUUAGCACUUUUAACCCCAGAUGGACGCCUAAAAAUAUGGGACUGUACUGCUGGAUCAUUAAGGCAUGAAUACACUCCUCCUUCGCACCUCUCUUCGUCUUGUACUUGCUUAAAAUGGAGUCGAACUUCGAGAUUUGUGACAACUCAAAGAAGAAAGAAAUCAAAGACUUCAAGACAGUCAGAAAGUUCGAGUGCAAGUAAUUCAAUAGCACUUGGUACCUCAUCAGGUGAUGUUCUUUUAUAUGGUGUGACAGCUGGGGAAGUAGACCAGAAAUUGGAGGGUGGACAUGACAGUAGAGUUAACGACCUGUGUUGGAGUGAUGAUGAUGGCGCAUUGUUUUCUUGUUCAAAUGAUAAACAUAUAACUGAGUGGAAUACAGGAAAUGGGCAGAGAAAAUGUAAAUGGAAAGCAGAUAAACAUGGCGUAAGGUGUAUGCGGCUUGGUCCAAAAGGAAACACUCUUCUCUCUGCUGGCAGAAGUAUUAAACUUUGGGACUUGGCAACAAAAGAAGCUCUUAAGAAAUUUACUGGUCAUGCAUCUCCAGUAACACAUCUGCAAUUCAUCCCAAGUAACUUGUCACAUGAUUCCAAUGCAAAUCAUAUUCCAAGUAAUGGUAUCAAUGGACAGUACUUUCUUUCUGGAGCAGAGCAGGAUAGAUUGAUAAAUGUAUGGUACAUCAACUUAGACUCACAAGAUAAGAAUGCACUGGUCUCACUCUCAAUCACGGAUGAGCCAAUAGCAGUGGAUGUUAUACGACACAGUAACAGAGACAAGCCUAUCCACAUUGCUGUUGCCUCGAAAGAUGGUCAACUACACAUUUUUGAAUAUUCACUCAAUGGUGGCCUUAUGGAUGGAACUCAGCCUCUUGCACCUGUGCUGUGUGUUCACUUGUUAUCUGAAGGAGAACCAGAAGCAUUGAUUGCUUAUGGAUCAAGACUCAAACCACAGUUUGAAACUCUGGCUUAUUCCACAAUGGAGGAACACACUUGUCUUGUAAGAGAGAGCUCUUCAAAUCUUCUUCUCAAUGAUAGUGCCCAUGAACCUUAUCAAAUUGACAAAGGGAAAGCAUCAUCUUCACAAAUAACAACCCUGGGUCCAGGAAACAUGACACGGGCAACUCCUGCCAUGGUGUUGGAUGAUGGGAGGACCAAAUUGAAGCGAAAAGCAGAACAUGAAAAGAAGGAAUCUCUUGAAGAACAGAGUAUUGAGGACAGACUGAAGGCAAUCAAUGCUGAAGCUGCUGAAACAUCGAGGAGAAGAGGAAACGACCGCCCAACAGCUGAUUCAUUAGCCCAGAUGCUCAUACAAGCUCUUCAUAGUCAAGAUAACUCUCUAAUGGAGUUCGAUUUGGUGUAUUUACCUGUUUUUUUUUUUUUUUUACUUCAGCUUGUUCACAAAAUUCAAGCCGCACCAGGAAGAGGGGAGGGCCUUGUUUUGUGGAUCAAACAUAUUUUAAGUACUCACAUGGCAUAUCUAAUGACGGUACCAGACCUUGUGGAUUCCCUUAGUGGAUUAUAUGCCAUGUUAGAAUCACGUGUCAGUGUUUUCAGUAAAUUGUGUAAACUACAAGGGCGGCUGGAUCUAAUGCUGUCGCAGGUGGACUCUCAGAGUCACAACAAUCCAGAGGAAGAAGAGCACGUUGAACCUACUGUUGUGUACCAAGAAGAAGAUUCAGACGAGGAACCCCUUGUACCUAUCGAGGCUGAACACUCUGAGUCUGAUGAAAAUUGGGAUCAAGAUGAAGAAGAGGAGGAAUCGGAAGAAGAUAGUGACAAUGAAAAUGAGAUUGAGGUGGAAAAUGAAUCUGAAGACGAUGAAUCUGACGGUUGAAUGUACAAAUUCAUGCAAACAGAUCACAUUGUAAUUAGAUUUUAACGAAUAAAUAAUUGUUCAUAUAUGAAACAA